AGCCCAAGAAGAAAACCCGACUUCCGGAUAAACAAACGAUUCAAUAAUAUUUUAAUCUUUGAUAUCCAAUCAUAUUGACACGUUUUUCAUAGAAUCUGGAUCACUUUUCUCAAUAAGUUGUAUAUAGGUCGAUAUGAAUUCGCUUGUGGGAUACGGGGUUUCAUCCGAGUCGGAGGACGAAGAGAAAGGAGAAGACAAUACGAAGGGGUCCUUCAAAAAGACAGAGUGCACAGCAGAGAAGACGAAAAGCCAUAAUUUCCUGGUGGAGUCGGAGUCGCUUUCCAGCGAGUCUGACUCUGAUCCGGAGAACGAGGAUCAAGAGGAGCCUCCCGCUGCCGUCCGCUCCGUUUCCGAGCCCUUGCCACUCCUCUCCGUCCGUCCUCGCGCUCACAAGCUCCCUCCUCCGCCUCUGGGAGGAUCCAGCUCGGGUGGAGCACUUACAGGCAGCAGUGUGUUUGCUAAUCCAUUCAAAGAGCUGGCAGAGGAGAGACUGAACGUCCUACAGAAACACGUACCUCUUACUUUACAAGCCCGCCCCACCCAGAUCGACGGCAAGCGCAUUUGUGUGGCCUACAGAAAGGACGGCCGCUGCCGCUUCGGAAGCCGCUGCAAGUACGCACACGACAGCGAUCUGCAGGGCAACCGCGCGGUCACCUCCGACACCGGGACAAAAGACAACGAUGCAGUUUCGCACCACGAUGGUCCGCCGGCUUCUUGUGAGGAAGACGCAGAGACAGAUGGAGAGAAAGACGACGAACAGCGAAAGAAGAGGAGAGUGGGGGUGAACGAUUCUCUCAUUCCACCGAAACGUGCUCUCAAGCAGUUUGCCAGACUCUCUCAACCAUAAUGAUCCAAAAUGUUUCACGUCAAACAUACUUUUAAUGCGAUGCACCCACGAUGCUGCGUCAUAUUUAUUGAAUUAAUAUGCUACCGAGAUUGUGAUUAGUUUGUAAAAAUGUUACAGAGUUUUGUAGGCAAAGGCGAUGUGGUCAAUAUUAGCAGAGAGUCUUGUGAAAAUUUUCCUAACAAGUGUGUAGGAAUAGAUCGCAUUAUUGAAAUGGCAUUUAUCUAGAUCUUAUUUUUUUCCCAGAAGCCCCUUUUUAGCCCUGCAUUAAUCUAAUUCUAAGGUUUUGAAACAAUAAAUGUGUGUAUACAUGUUGUUUUUGAUGACUCUAAAAAUAUAUAGGAUCAAUGUGUUUUUAGAUUUAAGUGUCCCUUUUUUGCAGUUACGUUCAUUUUAAUUUGUUACUUGUGAUAUUAGAGAUUUUUUUUUUUAUAUAUAUAUAAAAUUGGUAGCUAUGUUUAAAUUUGAUAUACAAUAAUGUUCAAACAUUUGGAGGCAGUUAGAUUUGUUUGAAAGAAAUUAGUACAUUUAUUAAGUAAGGAUGAAUUAAAUGAAUACAUUUCUAAAUAACGUAACAAAAAAAAAAGUAUAUUUCAAGUAAAUGCUACUUUAUUUUCAUCAAAGAAUCAUGAAAAAAGUAUCCCGGUUUACACAGCACACGUUUUUCUUUCAACAUUUAUGAUAAUAAAUGUUUCUUGAGCACCAAA